AUGAGGUGGAUGGUGUUGGCCCUGCUCUGCUGUGCCUGGACUGCACAUGGGGUGAUCAGGUAAGAACUGAAAGAUCCUUCACAAGGUAUUUUAAAAUGUUGAAUACUUUUGGUAAUGCAUUAGAAUCAGGGCCUGGAUUACGGAAUGGGCACGUGCCCAGGGGCCCCGGACCUCCAGGGGGCCCCCAACCCCCCAAAAUAUAUAUAUAUAGUCCGGCCCGGCCCUGAUUAGAAUCAUUAUUAGAAGUAAGUGAGGAAUGAAGGAGGCUUUCAAACAGGGACACAUUACCUUUAGCAGCCAAAAGUCUGACUUGCUGGUAGACCAAAAAGUUAGUUGAAGCAUCUACAAGUGUGCUGUAUCUAAACUACCUCAGUAUGGCCACCGACCUGAGUAUGAUCCACCCAGGAUCCCCCUGCGUCGGAUGCUCUCUGUGCGUACUCACCUGAGUGUGUUCCACCCAGGAUCCCCCUGCGUCGGAUGCUCUCUGUGCGUACUCAGCUAAGAGCCACCCAUCGCCUGGAGGACUUCAUGAGGGACCACCAGCCUGAUGUGUUCAACCGGAGGUACGCCCAGUGUUACCCACCGGGCACACCCUCGCUCAGGCUGGACAAGAGCAGCGAAAGGCUCUACAACUUCAUGGAUGUAAGUCGGACUGAAUGGAAGUGAAUAACUGUAUUGAACUGUGGCAUUUCCCUAGCAAGGGAAUCUGGUGUGGUAUUUGAUGUAUUAUAUGGAGCGAAGAAAAAUCAAUCAUAAGUUCAGUAUAUUGAAAAACAUCUAAACGCCUGACGUACUUUGAUGUAGUCACUGUACGUGGCAAUCAGACCUCUAUUUUUCCCGAAGAGUUGAUCAACACUGUAUGGAUUUCAGAAUACAUUAACGGGCCAAUGACAUUGUAUUCCCUGUGUGUGUGAUUGCCCAGGCUCAGUACUAUGGUGUGAUCAGCCUGGGAACCCCGGAACAGAACUUCACCGUAGUGUUUGAUACAGGAUCAGCUGACCUGUGGGUUCCAUCCUCUUACUGCGUCUCAGAGGCCUGUGGUGAGACUUCAUAACAGAGCCAGGGUUUAACAGACUGAUCCUACAGCCAGGGGACGAAGGAACUAUUUUACAACAGUCAUGUUUAUCCGAAUGGUACCAAAGAGCCAUAUUGAUUAAGGUCAUUUGACAUGUACUUACGGGUAAAUGGACAUUUUGUAUUUCUGUGCUUAAUAUAAUCGUUUUUUUGGGGUCUGGACCACGCUAUAAAACAGAUAUACCCGCUCCAUACUAUCUUUUUAUUAUCUGUUCCAAACAGACUAAUAUAUUCCAAUCUCACAGGAGGUUGGUGGAACCUUAAAUGGGGAGGACGGGCUCGUGGUAAUGGCUGGAGCGGAAUCAGUGGAAUGGGGAGGACGGGCUCGUGGUAAUGACUGGAGCGGAAUAGGUGGAAUGGUAUCAAAUACACCAAACAAAUGAUUUCCAUGUGUUUGAUGCCAUUCCAUUUGCUCCAUUCCAGCCAUUAUUAUGAGCCGUUCUCCCCUCAGCAGUGUUUAUCUGCUGACUGUGUGACACAGACAAGAGCAGGCUAUAGGUCAGGGUGUUCCACCCCUCUCUCUCUCCUCUCUCUCUCUCUCUCUCUCUCUCUUUCUCCCUCUAUCCCUCUGUCUCUCCCGCUCUCUCCCUCCCGCCCACUCCCUCCCACUCCCUCUCUCUCUCUCUCUCUCUCUCUCUCUCUCUCACUCUCUCUCUCUCUGUCUCUCUCUCUCUCUCUCUCUCUCUCUCUCUCUCUCUCUCUCUCUCUCUCUCCCCCUCUCUCUCUCUCUCUCUCUCUCUCUCGCUUUCUCCCUCUAUCCCUCUGUCUCUCCCUCCCUCCCACUCCCUCCCACUCCCUCCCACUCCCUCUCUCUCUCUCUCUCCAGGCAUGCACCACAAGUUCAAGGCCUUUGAGUCCAGCACGUUCAACCACGACGGCAGGAUGUUUGGCAUCCACUACGGCAAGGGACACAUGCUGGGCAUCAUGGGAAGGGACGUCCUCAAGGUGACACAAUAUCCCCAACCCCUAUCCCUCUACUGCCCACGUUCCCAAAUUAAUCGGAGUGUAGUUUCUGCCCGCUUAGCUUCUAGUGGAUUGUCUAAUAUGUUACAUUAAACACAUAUGAUCUCAUUAGAGGGUAGAUAUCGUUGUCCCCCACUGUGGAUCUGUCUCCGUUCAUACAUUAGUCUCAUAUGCGAUAUCUCAGACGGCACUGGCACGAUUUUAACGAAACCUGGGUGAAUGAUGCAUCUAGCCCUAGAGAUCCAUCAUUUACAACACUACACUGACUGGCCCAAAGGGGGCGCUGCAUCAUUUGUGGGGGACUACAUGUUUACUGUUUACUGUUUUUUACCCUUAUUAUUAUCUAUCCUGAUGCCUCGUCACUUUACCCUGGCUUCAUGUACAUAUCUACCUCAAAUACCUUAUUAUUAUCUAUCCUGAUGCCUAGUCACUUUACCCUGGCUUCAUGUACAUAUCUACCUCAAAUACCUUAUUAUUAUCUAUCCUGAUGCCUAGUCACUUUACCCUGCCUUCAUGUACAUAUCUACCUCAAAUACCUUAUUAUUAUCUAUCCUGAUGCCUAGUCACUUUACCCUGCCUUCAUGUACAUAUCUACCUCAAAUACCUUAUUAUUAUCUAUCCUGAUGCCUAGUCACUUUACCCUGCCUUCAUGUACAUAUCUACCUCAAAUACCUUAUUAUUAUCUAUCCUGAUGCCUAGUCACUUUACCCUGCCUUCAUGUACAUAUCUACCUCAAAUACCUUAUUAUUAUCUAUCCUGAUGCCUCGUCACUUUACCCUGCCUUUAUGUACAUAUCUACCUCAAAUACCUCAUUAUUAUCUAUCCUGAUGCCUCGUCACUUUACCCUGCCUUCAUGUACAUAUCUACCUCAAAUACCUUAUUAUUAUCUAUCCUGAUGCCUGGUCACUUUACCCUGGCUUCAUGUACAUAUAUACCUCAAAUACCUUAUUAUUAUCUAUCCUGAUGCCUAGUCACUUUACCCUGCCUUCAUGUACAUAUCUACCUCAAAUACCUUAUUAUUAUCUAUCCUGAUGCCUCGUCACUUUACCCUGGCUUCAUGUACAUAUCUACCUCAAAUACCUUAUUAUUAUCUAUCCUGAUGCCUCGUCACUUUACCCUGGCUUCAUGUACAUAUCUACCUCAAAUACCUUAUUAUUAUCUAUCCUGAUGCCUCGUCACUUUACCCUGCCUUCAUGUACAUAUCUACCUCAAAUACCUUAUUAUUAUCUAUCCUGAUGCCUAGUCACUUUACCCUGCCUUUAUGUACAUAUCUACCUCAAAUACCUUAUUAUUAUCUAUCCUGAUGCCUAGUCACUUUACCCUGCCUUCAUGUACAUAUCUACCUCAAAUACCUUAUUAUUAUCUAUCCUGAUGCCUCGUCACUUUACCCUGCCUUCAUGUACAUAUCUACCUCAAAUACCUUAUUAUUAUCUAUCCUGAUGCCUCGUCACUUUACCCUGCCUUCAUGUACAUAUCUACCUCAAAUACCUUAUUAUUAUCUAUCCUGAUGCCUAGUCACUUUACCCUGCCUUCAUGUACAUAUCUACCUCAAAUACCUUAUUAUUAUCUAUCCUGAUGCCUAGUCACUUUACCCUGCCUUCAUGUACAUAUCUACCUCAAAUACCUUAUUAUUAUCUAUCCUGAUGCCUAGUCACUUUAGCCUGCCUUCAUGUACAUAUCUACCUCAAAUACCUUAUUAUAAUUAUCUAUCCUGAUGCCUCGUCACUUUACCCUGCCUUCAUGUACAUAUCUACCUCAUAUACCUUAUUAUUAUCUAUCCUGAUGCCUAGUCACUUUACCCUGCCUUCAUUUACAUAUCUACCUCAAAUACCUUAUUAUUAUCUAUCCUGAUGCCUAGUCACUUUACCCUGCCUUCAUGUACAUAUCUACCUCAAAUACCUUAUUAUUAUCUAUCCUGAUGCCUAGUCACUUUACCCUGCCUUCAUGUACAUAUCUACCUCAAAUACCUUAUUAUUAUCUAUCCUGAUGCCUCGUCACUUUACCCUGCCUUCAUGUACAUAUCUACCUCAAAUACCUUAUUAUUAUCUAUCCUGAUGCCUCGUCACUUUACCCUGCCUUCAUGUACAUAUCUACCUCAAAUACCUUAUUAUUAUCUAUCCUGAUGCCUAGUCACUUUACCCUGCCUUCAUGUACAUAUCUACCUCAAAUACCUCAUACCCCUGCACAUUGAUCUGGUACUGGUGCUUUUUGUAUAAAGACACAUUAUUGUGUAUUUUAUUGUCCCCCACAGUGAAAUCGGGGAGAUGACUGUGGAUUUGUCUCCAUUCGUACAUUAAAUCACACGCGAUAUCUCAGACACCACUGGCCCGAUUUUAACUAAACUUGGGUGGAUGACGCGUCUUGCCAUAGAGAUCCGGCAUUUACUAAAUGACACUGAUUGGCCCAAGGGGUGAGCUUAUAAUAAUGAACUGAAAUGGGUUAAUCACACGCGAUACGUCAGUCGGCCCAAGGGGGGGGGAUGCAUCAUUUGUGGGGGGAAGACAUGUUUACUGUUGAUUUUGUUUUCUUUUAAAAGGUUGAAAUGUUUUGAAAAGAUUGAGUCGUGGCUAGAAUUACAGCAACCCAUAUACAAUGCGACUUUCACAAAUGAAUCAGGUGUGGGAUGACAUGUCAGAUUCCUGAAAGGCCUUUGCAUAUAUAUACACAUUAAUUCAUACACCUGACACGUCCCUGUGGUUGUCCAGAUAGGCCCGGUGACGGUGCUAAACCAGGAGUUUGGGGAGUCGGUGUACGAGCCAGGUUUUGUGUUUGUCAUGGCUAAGUUUGACGGGGUGCUGGGUUUGGGGUACCCCUCCCUGGCCGAGGAACUGGGGAACCCCGUGUUCGACAGCAUCAUGAACCAGAAGGCUGUGGACCAACCCAUCUUCUCCUUCUAUCUCAGCAAGUAGGUACAGGACCACAGAGAAUCCAUCUGUCUGUCUACCCAUCAUGAUGUUGUUAUUGAUUAUGAUGAUGAUGAUGAUGAUUAUGGUGGUGAAGUACACUACCCAGACACACAGACCUACAGGAUACUGUAGGCUAAUGCUUGAUGACGAUAUGAUGAUCAGGGAGAGUGGGGUAGGUUGAGACGUUUUCUACAUUCAGCAUCACUCCGUCAAGGGAAAUCUAGUAUUAUUUCUAACAAAGAUAUCUACAUAUAUUUCAGGAUGUUGUGUAUCCCUGGAAAUAAUCUGAAUUCAUGUAAACAUUACAGUUUUGAAAACAUAGCUUGUCUCUUGGCACAUGGGGUACAUUUUUCAGCUCAGUCAUUAAACAGACACUCUUAUCCAGAGCGAGUUACAGGAGCAAUUAGAGUUAAGUGCCUUGCUCAAGGGCACAUCAAAAAAAAAUCACCUAGUCAACUCGGGGAUUCAAACCAACAACAUUUCGGUUACUUUUCAUUUUGCUCAACUUCCUAUUGGCUCAACUUACCCCAUUGCCACUGGCUCAACUUACCCCAAAGCAAACAUUUUGACUAUAAUAUAGCCCACGCAGCUACGAGGAUAUACUUUCAUGCUAGAUUUGAAGUUUUUGGAGACCCCAACUGAUGUAUAGAACAAUCUUAAAAUUAGCUACUUUGGUUUAGAUACAAUUAUCAUAAAACCUCUUAACACAAUAAAUUAAUUUUGUAUUUGUAUUUAUUAUGGAUCCCCAUCCUGGGGUCCAGCCAAAUUAAGGCAGUUCAUACAUUUGACUUGGUGAAAAUCAGUUUUUUGGACCUAAUUUUCUCACCACUUUUCUUCCUUUUACAGACUCCAUGAAAUGUUGGCCUCUUCUUAAAUAUUUGGUCAAAUUAUUAAUUUUGUCUAUGGUGUCCCCAGAAACAAGUGGAGCAGAAUUGAUCCAUUCACCCAUCACGAUUUGAUUGCUUCUGCUUCCAGGAGUAAAAGAUCAGGGGACCCUGAGGGAGAGCUGCUGCUGGGGGGGAUGGAUGAGGCUCUCUACAGUGGACCCAUCAACUGGAACCCUGUCACCCUGAAGAGCUACUGGCAGAUCCAGAUGGCCAGGUCAGAACUAGGACAACUCCUAUCAUGUUUUCCCACUGUCAAACUGGGGGGGACAUAUCCACAGUUAAUGUAUGUAGUAGUACGGCUGCCUACAAGAGUGAGGCAACUGUUUGAUCAUUUCAGAUUACUGAGAAAAAAUGAGAAUAUUGUGCUGUCCUGCCAUCUAGUGGGGAAAUGGUGGAAUUUGUCCCUGAUUUCAAUUGUGACGCUGUGGGGAAAACUAAGGGGACGUGGGUGACGUGCAAACCGAUAUUACAUUUUAGAAUUGAUUAAAAUUAGGUUAGAGUCAGGGUUAAGGGUUUGGUUAAGGUUAAGGUUAGGGUAAGGGUCCGUUUUAGAUUUUGGCUAGUCGGGAAGUCAAUGGGAUGCUGGUCAGAAAAGUCCCUUAAGUCUCACCCUGUUGCUGUAUCAUAGUAGGACAAAAUGACAGCCAAAUUGGAGAUUUAAUUAUUCAAAAAGGCAAUCUCCCUGCUGUUCUGAACACAUGUUUUGCUACACCUCUUCCACUGCAGUUUGCAGGUCCAGGGUGCCUCGUCUUUCUGUCCCCGUGGCUGUCAGGCUAUCAUUGAUACAGGCACCUCUCUCAUCAUCGGCCCUACCCAUGACAUCCUCGCUCUGCAACAGCUGAUAGGAGCUACCCCCACCUCCAUUGGAGAGGUAUGACCAAGUUAUAUACUACUACUACUACUACUACUACUACUACUACUACUACUACUACUACUACUACUACUACUGCUACUACUACUAUUACUAUGCUACUACUAUACUGUAUACUCCUACUACUACUUACUGACUACAUAUAAUACUACUACUACUACUACUACUACUACUACUAGUACUACUACUACUACUACACAGCUUACUACUACUACUACUACUACUACUACUACUACUGCACUACUACUGCUACUACUACUACUACUCUACAUACUCACUACUACUACUGACUACUACUACUACUAUACUACACUACUACUACACUACAUGCUACUACUACUACUACUACUACUACUACUAUACUGCUACUACUGCUACAUACUACUGCUACUACUACUAUACUACUACAUACUACUGCUACUACUUACUGACACUACUUACUACUACUGCUACUGCUACUACUACUACUACUACUACUACUGCUACUACUACAUGCUACUACUACUACUAAUACUACUACUGCUACUACUACUGCUACUACUACUACUACUACUACUGCUACUACUACUACUCUACUACUGUACUACUAUACUACUACUGAUCUACUACUACUACUGCUACUACUACUACUGCUACUACUAUACUACUACUACUACUACUACUAGCUACUAUACAUCACUUACAUACUCUACUACUACUACUUAUAUACUACUACUACUGCUACUGACUACUACUACUUAUCUACUAUCUACUACCUGCUAUCUACUUAUACUAUACUAUACUACUACUACUACUACUCUACUACCUACUACUUACUAUACUACUGCUACUACUACUACUACUUACUACUGCUACUACUACUGCUACUCUACUACUACUACUGCUACUACUACUGCUACUACAUACUGCUACUAACUACUCUACACUACUACUACUGCUACUACUAACUGCUACUACUACUACUACUACUACUGCUACUACUACUACUGAUACUACUACUAGUACUAUACUAUCUCUACUGCUACUACUACUACUGACUACUAGCUACUACUGACUACUACUACUACUGCUACUACUAUGCUACUACUACUGCACUAACUACACUACUACUCUACUACUAUACUACUACUACUACUACUUACUACUACUGCUACUACUACUAUCUACUAUACUACUGCUACUUACUACUACUGCUACUACUACUUACUACUGCUACUACUACUACUACUACUACUACUCUACUACUACUGACUACUACUACUACUACUACUGCUAGUACUACUACAAUGCUACUACUAUACUGCUACUACAUACUACUGCUACUACACUAUCUACUACUUACUUGCUACUACACUACUACUACUCAACUACUGCUACUACUACGUACUACUACACUACUACUACUACUACUUGCUACUACUACUACUACUACUUACUACUACUACUACUACUGCUACUACUACUACUGCUCUUACUACUUACUACUACUACUACUGCUACUACUACUGCUACUACUAUACUACUACUACACUGCUGCUACUACUACUGCUACUAUACUUACUGCUACUACUACUGCUACUACUACUACUACUACUACUGCUGCCUACUACUACGCUACUACUAUGCAAUACUACUACGUACUACUACUACUACUACUGCUACUACUACUACUACUACUACUACUACUACUACUGCUACUACUACUACUACUAUUACUACUAAUACUACUACUGCUACUACUACUACUACUACUACUACUGCCACUACUACUACUACUACUACUACUACUACUACUACUACUACUACUACACCAGCAGAUAGGAGCUACCCCCACCUCCAGUGAAGAGGCAUGCCCCAUAACAUGCCAGUCACCAACCCUGGCUCCGUAGAGUAACAGGGGGUGCAGGAGGCUCAAUUCCAGUUGAUUCAGGAAGUACACUGAAGAUCCAAAUCUCUUCAAUGCUUUUCAAUGAAGAUGAUGUGUUGCAGUACCUGAUUGACUGCGCCCGGCUCUCCAGCCUGCCCCAGGUGACCAUCGUGCUCAACGGGGUGGAAUACGUGCUCACUGCUGAGUCCUACGUCAGAAGGGUGGGUACUGGUCCAACAUACAGUGAAUGAACAUGACAAGUGAGAUAUUUAGAUAUUUCGGCAUGCAUACUUUUACAGUAUAUAUUUUAACUUGUGUGUGACAAUCAUUUUAGUAUAAAUUAUAAAUAUAAAGUAUAAAUAUACAUUAUUUGUGUCCUUCGGUAGGCCUGUGUCGAAAAACACAGUAUUUGAUGAGUGAUUGUUUUGAUUGUUGUCAUAUUUCUGACACACUCCCUCUCUCCCUCCUUCUCUCUCCUUCUCCCUCCCUCCCUCCCUCUCUUCAGGAGCUGAUGGGUGAUCGUGAGAUCUGUUUCAGUGGGUUCCAGGCGGAUGAUCUGCCCUCCUCGGUGGAUCCUCUGUGGAUCCUAGGGGACGUGUUCCUCUCUGAAUUCUAUAGCAUCUAUGACCGGGGACAGGACAGGGUGGGCUUCGCUAAGGCUAGACACACACGCUAUACAGAGAUGGAUGGAGGGAUGGAUAGAUAG